GUACGGCGGGAAACAGCGACGCAAAUAGUCGCGCGCUUAUUGCAAAAUUAGGCGCGAAAUACGUAAUACGUCGUGUGAAAGUGUCGCCGCGCCUUUAAUUAAUUAAAUAAAGUUACAUUUAAAAGUUCAGUCUAACUUUUUUGCCUAACCAAUAUAUUGCAUUUUACUUUGUUUUUUUUUCUCAUUUGAAAGAUUCCUCGAUUUUCGCUGGCUAGUAUAUUUAUAUAAUGGUGUCUAUUUUACGUUUAUCUAUUAAUAAUGUGUUGGAGGUUCAGUGAAUUAUGUGCCUUUGCCUCGAAAACGUGAUGACGGCCGGAUCUUGCAAUUGACGCCCGAUAAUGGUGACCGGAAGUGACGUCAGCGUCGCACAAGAUGGUGGACAGGGCCACGUCAAAUUGCAUCCUUAUCUUGUAGCAUUAGUACGCUGGUGCGUGUCGUGCGUAUGGAGCACUGCCACGGUUCUGCUGCACCGGCUCCUCGCCGGGUCGGUGCCAGUUCUUACUAUACGCGCUGCCGGAUCCACAGGUUCCUCCCCCCCUAGAGGCGCCAGGCGGGGCUCCCCCGGCACGGAGCACCUGCACCCGGAGCCGCGCGUGCACUGCGAGGUGCUGCAUGUGCCGCCCCCCCAACAACACGGCUGUGACGUCAUAUUCGUGCAUGGACUUUAUGGUUCUUUGUCGAAUACAUGGCGACAAGGCGACUGGCGUUCAAAAUACAAAUUGGAGCCGAACAAAGUACCUCUACUCAGGCCUACAGACUGCAAAUGUGACAACGAAGCAAACGCCAAGAAACUCAAGGAAUAUGAAAUAGAUAUGAAUGAUGCAGCGUACAAGGACAUGGAGGAAAAACUGUACAGAGGCAUCAAGAAGAUCCUUCCCAACGAAGAGGCAUUCCUAGCGGAGAAAUUCUACAACAACACACUUUUAGACCAAAUUGAAGUUGUCGACAAUUACGACACUCAAGCGAAGUUCGUUCGAGACCUAUUCGAGAAGGAGAACGGGGUGAAUUGCGAUGAUAACCGCCCAAACGAAUUCGAAAACCUUUCGGAAUUAAAUUUCGAAUGCGUGUCGAACGAAGGCGGUUGCGAAACAAAUGAAGUCACAUGCAAAUGUAAGAAUGGGAAUCGGUGUGAAGUUGGCGAAGGUUUCUCUGGUGUGAACGUUGUUGCGGAUUGCGAGUGUGGAGUGAGUGAGGGUAAAGAGUGCGAAGUUGGCUGCGGGUGCGUUUGCGACAUGUGCUACUCUUCCUGUUGGCCCCGGGAUUGGAUCAAAGAGGACUAUCCGAACGCUAGAGUUAUUUCUAUAAAUUAUACGAGCGACCCGUAUCUGUGGAGGCCGCUGUGGAUAAAAGAAUGCAAAAGGUUGCGGCUCCACGAGCGAGCGGAGCAGAUGACACAGCAGCUACUGGAGUUGAAUGUGGGCGAGAAGCCUAUCAUAUGGGUCGGGCACUCGAAAGGAGGGCUGUUCAUUAAGCAGAUAUAUUGUGAAGCAUACGAAGCAUACAAUAAAACACGUAACACACACAGAACAAAUGACGGAAUUGAAAAUAGUACACACAAAAGACACGAGCCAAAUGACGUAGAGAAUAAUAAUGAAUGUGCGAAUGAAAUAGAUGUACAAAGAGGGAGAGACACAGUAGAACGAGACAGAUUGAUUUUUAAUGAUGACAAAGGUUUUGGUAACGAAGUAUGCUCAAAUAAAAAUAAUGAAGAAAAUGGAAAUACUAUGGAAUUUGAUGGUGCUAUGAGAAAUUGUGAAGCGACAAGGGAUUCGAAUGAGAAAUUGGAUAAUCCAAAUGCUUUGUCUUCAGAUGGAAAAGAAGACUACACAUCACGUCAGGGCCAGUUAUGGAGCAACAGUGCAGGGUUUAUGUUCUACUCGGUGCCCCACCGUGGGUCACCGCUCGCAGACAUCAAGACCCCCAUCACUGCCAGGAGUAUAGAACUACUGGAGAUCAGUAAAGACUGCGGGCUGGUGGUGUCGCUGCAGGAUCGUUGGCUGGCGGCCACAUCCCCCUCGAGGCCGCAGGUCCGCAGCCUGGUGGAGACGCGCCGAACUCUCAUGUCUGUUUUAUGGCUCAGGAUCGUCAGCGUGCCAUCCGCAGACGCUGGUAUAGGCGCGUUGUACGGCGUUUCUGUAGACCACAGAGAGAUAUGCAAGCCAUCCAGUCGCCGCUGCCUUCUAUACAAGGAGCUGAUUGGGUUAAUUAACGCUGCAUUGAGGCAAUGCCAAUGCUACACAUAAUAGAAGAAUAAUUAUAGGACAAAAUGGCAGGAAGAGAAAAAUAUGGUAAAAGAUAGGAAGAAUUACAAGACAAUGGU